UUGUGCUCGGCCUGCUCGGGAAAAGCUCAGUCAUGUUACAGAGUAGUGGGCUACACGGCUAUAGGUCGACAUACCUCCAGUUUGUCUGGAAGUGGGAGCCAAUGUCGGGUGAGGGGCCUACUGUGACGGCUACCUUAGACUAUAGCCGUCGCAAUGAAGAGGUGAGAUUGAGGGUUGACGUUGAGGGGGGAAGAGAAAAGGAGAUGAGGGUUGAUCAGAGACUGCAGCUGGCGAUUAUGGAGGCCAAGGACAGAGCCGAAAGGAGGUGCAGAAGGGAUGGGGUCACUGAUGAGCUAAAGGUGACCAUUUCUUACCUGGACGUGAGGACCUCGACGGACAUUGUGGAGCGUGAGCAGCUUCACCUGGACCGAGAUUCAGAGGCGGAAAGUGAGGGGUUUGGGGCGGGGGCUGUGAAGACCCCUUUCUACCAAGAUCUCGCAGUGGGAGGUCUUGUUUCGGCACAAGAGUUUUUUGACUUGGUGGAGCAGAGGAACAUCGACCUGGAGGAACCCUGCCACGUUCAGGGCGACCAAGAGUUGUUGCAGCCUCUUCAGAUGUGCACCGGUUUCGAAUCCAGCGGUGCUCCCACGAAAGGGGGAGAUUUGGGUUUCAGUCCUUCUUCCCAACUCCAUCGGAGCGCGGUCCGUGGUCGCUUUGACGACAGCGACAACGAAGAACAGGAGCAGACGCGGCCUUUCCCGCCUAGGCUGGGAGAGCGGUCUGUCCUGAAUAUUCUUGGGGUGGAAGGACACACUCCGGUUCACGACCGGCCGUCGACAUCAGCCAAGGGGGAAGAGGAGGGUGUACUGCAGCCUGCGCAUAAGAGAAGGGGAGGUCCUCAGGAAGAGGGUGAGGGUUCUGCAAAGAAACAUAAGGCAAGAACCCCCCAGACGAUGGGGGGAAAAAGGAAGGGAGUUGAGGGGCAGGAGGGCACAUCGGGUCGAAAACGCCCGAGGUCGGUGCAGAAACAGCCUCAGCCGGGUACUCUCGAGGCGAAGGGUUUAUCGACAUCGACACCGCGUACUUCCUCGACAAAGCGGGAGUUCUUCACUAGCCCAUCGUGGGUCGUCGAGAUCGGUGACUGGGAAGCAUCGUACAACCAAUGGUCACUGGAUCCCGUGCACACGCAACUCAUCAUUGACGCGAUGAUGAUGAGCUUCUCGCAAGCUGAGAAGACGUACGAGUUGCCUACCCUUAAGUUGGCACCACUAGGGCUGGAGAAACUGAAGUCGGGCAUGCGGGCGGAUCGUCUCAAGCCAACGGACUGGAAGGACGACCUCGCAGGCCAAAACUAUUAUUACGCUAUUUCCGGCCAGCACAACGCGGCUGCAACCAAGGUGCUACUUGGCACGGACGUCGCAUUGAGGUACAACUUCGAGAGGUGGCCUACACAUAUGGUUUACUUCUCGGACGAGGAGUUCGAAGGGUAUUUUCUGGUCAGCUCGGAGGACAACAAGAAGGACUUGAAGGUGGAUACGGACUGGACAUGUGCGUAUCCCUUCCUGAAGAAGCGGGAGGCGAUUUUGGUGGAGUUCGAGAAGCAGGGAAUGGAUGCCACGUUGUGGGACGGGAGCAGAAAGCUCGUUGGUGACGCCUCGUUGUUCAAGGACUGCCCACCGUACAUGGGGUACGAGGACGAUAAAACGAUCAAGGCGACGGAAAAACUCGCCCUCAACAAGAAGUUGUCCGCCGACCGGAAGAACAAGGUCCUCCUCGUGCUGACCGGCAGUAAGGCGAAGAGCAUGGAGGUCGCGCUUGCCAAAGGCGUGGUGCACGUUCUGUGGAAAGACUCAGGGGACGUGACAUCGAUCGCCCCGUUCGGCGUUGACCCUCUGGAGGCACAGAUGAGGGUCACGGAGUUGGAGAAAGCGGUUGGGACCACCAAAUGCCACACCGAGGUCAACUCUGGAGCCAGCCGCCGCGAGUUCAUUUCGAGGAGCGAGAAAUCAACACACGUUCAAGAACCGUCUACGGACAUGUGGUUCAAGUUGAGCGAGCGGAAGAGGAACAGGAUCUACGAGUUCCUCUUUUUGGAAACGCGGCCCAGGAGGGACAAUGACGCUGAGUACAUGCGCCACAAGGAACACAUGUUGGCAUUGCUGGACAACUACCAUGACGCCUCACGCAAGAACGUAAAUAACUUCCUCGACAGGCUGGAGUGUUUGUACUUCGUCGAGUUCGAGCAGGUGCUUGAGCUCAAGAGUUAUGGUGCGUUGAUCUCCACGGACAGCGAGGCGGAGACAGGUGUUGUUUUCGACACCGCCACGCCGAAGGAGGACAGCGACAGCGAGGACAUCGACAUCGAUUACCAUCCUCCUCUGGUGUUUCAUGCCCCAGGCUCCUCGUCGGUCGUGGAGUUUCAUCGGUUUACCGAGGGUGGAUUGAGGAGGUCGCCAGCACGCACACAGGAGGAGCCGCCAGCAUCUGAGGGGCCCUUGAGGGAGUUGGAGACACAUUUGGAUAUCUCUCGGUGGAGGGCAUCGCCUCGGGGUGAGGAGCAUGGAGAGCAGGCAGAGGAGGUACCACGAGAGGAGGUACCACGAGAGGAGGUACCACAGGAGGAGGUACCACGAGAGGAGGUGCCACGAGAGGAGGUGCCACGGGAGGAGGUUCAGGAUACUCAGCGAGAGAGAGGGUUGGGCGAUGAGGGGAGACGUGUAGGGAAGGAAGUGAUAGAGGUUGGGGAGGACACGGCCCCACAAACGCCAGCGGUGGGUUUGAGACUCGAGGAUGCACCAAGGAGCACUCGCCGGGCAGGGGAAAGGUUGCAGAGAGAGGAGGCCCCAUUGCCUUCAUCAAAAAAGGCCCCUUCGCCAGAAGGGAGGGCAGAAAGGAGGAGAGAGAGGGCAGUCGUAAGGAGAGAAACCUUGACCCUGAUUGACAGACACCUAGAAGCUUAUGCACUGGAGCACCCAGACCUGGAAGAGCCAGCACCUGCAGAGCCGCGCCAGGAGCCGUGCCAGCCCGAGAAGGAGAUGGAGGCAAGGAUCCCGAAGAGGUUCGACCUCCGCACGAGGGAAAGGGCGCCAGCUGGAGAGACAGCAGAGGAAAAGAGGGCGAGAAGAACCAGGAGGAUAGACGAGAUAUGGCAAGAGAGGCAGAGGUUGGAGGCAGCGGGGGAGCUUCCGGAGCAGCAGCAGGAGAGGCAGAGAUCGGAGGCAGCAGGAGCACUCCCAGGGAAGAAAAUAAAGGAAGCAAGCCAUGGAGUACGCCUGGAAGCUAUGGAGAUGGAAAUCCAGGAACUCAGGGCAUUGGUGGCCAGCCAGGCAGCUAUCAUUGAGAGCCUGAGGCAGCAAAAUCAGGGAAAGGUGGACAAGCCAGAGAGCAGCAGGGAGGGCGAGCAGAGGCAGCCAGGACAGGGAUUGUCAGGACAGCCAUCUGCAGUAGAGCCUCGCCAGGAGCCACCUAUGGGGAGGGUUAUCAUGGAGCCAGAGGAGGCGAGAACCCAGAGACAGGCGGAGAGAGAGGCAUUCGAGUUUAGAGCCCCUACCAAGCUCGCGACGCUGCCAGUGGCGGCGGCGGGCCUAGUCAUACCUUUGGCAGUAGAGGAGGGGCGGCCACCAUCUAGCAGUGAGCCGGCUCAAGGCUCAGCAGAGGAUUCCGUGGGUGUGCUCCUUGGGGCGGUGCAUACUAUGCAGGAGGAGGUGAGUUUGUUUUCACCCGAGCAGAGGAUAGAGGAGCCUCUUGAGAGAGAGAUGGGGAUUGAGGCAGAAGGUGUCAUCGAGGGCGGGCUCCAGAGGUUGGGCACGCCUGAGUAUGGGCCAGAGGAGAUUGAGGAGCAGGCCAUUGCAGUGCCAGGAGAAACACUCGAGAGGAGACCUUAGAGGUUGGACACGCCUGAGUACGU